ACAGCUGUCAAAAAUCAAUGAAAAUAAUAAAUAAUCAGCAAUUCUACGAUAAAUUCUUUAUUUUUAUAAGUGAAAACCAAAUUUUGUCACUUUCUAAAUUAUGAACUCCAUAGAGUCCAUUAAACGUUCAAUGGUUGAAAAUGUGCGACUGCUCGAUAAGUACAGUAAUAAUCAUUCAGUUGGAACACUUUAUCUGACUGUCACGCAUUUGAUAUUCGUUGAUCCAAACGGAAAAAAACAAAUAUGGGUUUUGAACACGCAUAUCGCAAGUGUGGAAAAAUUACCUUUAUCCACAACUGGCUCCCCAUUGCUGAUAAAGUUCAAGCAUUUUUUAGUUGUAACUUUUGUCAUUGCCAAAGAACGCGACUGUCACGAUGUCUACCUCACGUUACUUAAACUUUCAUCACCAGCUAGUAUUGAAGAUCUCUACUGUUUUAAUUAUCAAGACCCUUGGCCACAACACUUAGGUUGGAAUGUUUUUAACACUCAGCGGGAGUUUCAGCGUCAAGGUGUUCCUAAUGAAGAAUGGUCUCUUUCAUAUCUAAAUACAAGUUACGAACUCUGUGACACAUAUCCUCGAUAUUUAUACGUGCCCACCACUUGUACAAGUAAUGUUUUGGUGGAGAGCGCAAGGUUCAGGAGUAAAGGCAGAUUGCCUGUAUUAACUUAUCUCUAUGAAAACAAGGCCGCCAUAUGUCGCUGUAGCCAACCGCUCUCUGGGUUCAACGCCCGCUGCCCAGAAGACGAGCAAAUGUUGUACAACGUACUUUGCACGAAUCGAAAUGCAAAAUAUAUUUAUGUUGUCGAUACUCGACCUCGGAUAAACGCAAUGGCUAACCGGGCUGCAGGAAAAGGAUACGAGAACGAAAACUUCUACGACAACAUCAAGUUCAAAUUUUUUGGAAUUGAAAACAUUCACGUUAUGAGAGCGAGUCUGAGCAAACUCAUAGACUUGCAAAAGAGCACCUCCAUGAGUUCGUUCUUGACUGGACUCGAAAGCUGUGGAUGGUUGAAGCACAUCAAAUCGAUUUUGGAAACUGCCUGGUUCAUCGCUCAAGCCGUUUCAAAUGGAAUUACCGUCGUGGUCCAUUGUAGCGACGGAUGGGAUCGAACUGCGCAAGUCUGUUCUCUCGCUUCGUUGCUUCUUGAUCCAUUUUACAGAACCAUCCAAGGCUUUCAAAUUUUAAUAGAGAAGGACUGGCUCUCCUUUGGACAUAAGUUCAGCGAUCGUUACGGUUAUGUGGUUGGCGAUAGCAAAGAACAGGCGCCAAUCUUCACGCAGUUCAUCGAUGCGACCUACCAGCUUCUUCAGCAAUUCCCCUACGCUUUCCAAUUUAACGAGGUGUUUCUCCUAACCCUUCACGAUCACGUCCACAGUUGCCAAUACGGAACUUUCAUAGGAAACUGUGAGAAGGAUCGUCAGCGAUUCGGAUUGACUGAGAGGACUUACUCGCUUUGGGGUUACCUGACAAAGCAUUUAAACGAAUACACGAAUCCGCUCUAUGGCAGAAAUGCUUCCAAAGAAGAGAUGAACGCUGUUAUGCAGCCUAAACUCGCUCCGCAGAGUAUAACACUUUGGAGGGGACUUUAUUAUAGAUUUGAAAAUGGUGUUCAUCCCCGAGAAACACUUGAAGAUCUCCUUCUUACUACACAUGAUCACACGACCUCGAUGGAAGAUCAUGUGAAGCUGCUCAUCAAGAGGAUGAAUUCACUGGGGCAGUUAGUCUCUAUGAAUGCUGUUCAAAAAAAGGACGAAAAUGUCAAAUUCGAUACGAAUAUGAAAGAGUUCCUCUCUGAGAAGAUUAUAAAUGUGGAAGGAGACGAGGACACAUUCAAUGAGAUUCUCAAGACAAAUCAAAUCGAGGAUGAAAUGAAAGCUGUUGCUUUGGACUGGAAAUCUUCACGGAAUAUAAGCGAGUGUACCUGUUCAAUCACUUUUGAUGUCUUUAAUAGAAAGUACCACUGCUGGUCUUGUGGAAAUGUUUUCUGCACAAGGUGUAUGGGAGUCCACAAAGCACUCGUUGGUCAUGUGACAAAAAAGGCAGUGCCCACAUGCAAAAUUUGCUCUAGAAACCCAUCGAUUUCGUCGCCUACUAGGACUUGAAACUUAACUUAGUUUCUCUUGUAAAUACUA